AUGUUUGGUGCUCUCUUGGCAUGUUGUACGAGGGGAAUCUUCAGCGUAGCGUGGGAUAUAUUCCCCUAUCAUCUCAACGUGGGCGAAGCGGAGGUAAUUGACAAAUCACAACAAUGGAAGGACGAACAUGUGUCGCACGCAUGCUUACGUCCUGGUACUCCUCCGUCCUUCCACCAUCGUGUCCCCGUCCCUCCCAGGAUCAACGCAGUCAUGCCUCGCGUCGAGUCCAACCUGAAGCCUAUCUUACCUGUGUACCAUCACCAGCGAGCCAACGAUACCACGGCCCGUACGGAUGGCGCCGCGGCGGCUGAGAUACCAUCCCGAAGGAAACCCAUGGCCUUCACUCACGGAGGAGCACAAGCGCAAAGGACGGAUCCUUUCUCUGCGAGCCCUCAACAGUCUGGCAGCUCGAGAAAAUGUGGAGUGGACGUGUCUGCGCCGGAUAACAACGGUCGACGACAUACCGAGAGCGAGGAUUUCUCGCAUAAACCCCCCGGCGCGGAUGUUGCCCUUCCGAACUGCGCUACACUUGUGUACAAGCACGACAACUCUCAGUGCCAAUCCUGGCGCGAUGAGAUUGAAUCAUUCAUGGUAUUUGCCGGUCUGUUCUCUGCAGUUCUCACAGCGUUCAUCAUGGAGUCUUACAAGUGGCUGAUGGUCGAGCCGGACGAUAUCUCGGCGGACUAUCUUCGUCAAAUACUCGCUCUCAUGUCCCAUGUCGACGUGACGGCGGUGAAGACGGUCAGCAGGUCUACCCCUCUUCCAUCCGACGUUAUGACUCGCAUCAAUGGGUUCUGGUUCAGCAGUCUCACUCUCAGCUUGACUUCGGCUCUGGUCGGGAUCGUCUCCAAGCAAUGGCUGCGAGAGUUCUUGCGUGACACGGGCCACUCACAUCAGACCAAUCUUGCCGUCAGGCAGGUGAAGUACGAUGGUCUGACGGAGUGGUACGUUGGCGCUGUUAUAGCGACCAUCCCCCUACUUCUUCAAACCGCGCUUUUCCUGUUCCUUGCUGGUGUCAUCGAUUUGCUCUGGCAUCUGCAAAAGGGCGUAGCUGUGCUCAUCAGCAUUCUCUGUUCCUCUACUAUGCUCUUCUUCCUCAUCACGACCAUUCUCCCGGGCGUGCAAUAUGUGCGUCAUCACCGCGGCCUCCGCCUCCAUAAAAUCUACCAGGUGCCAUUUAAGUCGCCACAGGCGUGGUUGUUUAUGCGCAGCCUGGUUACCAUUCUGAAUUUCUUCGCCUGGGCGUACGCAUAUGUUCUCUCGCUGUGCAGCAAGGAAGCGAAUGAGCACCAGCACGUCUCGCCUUACCAGGUGUUUUCGACCUGGACACAGUUCGAUCUCGAUUGGACAAGCCAGCGAGACUUCACUGCCGCAUGGGACAACGCGCCUGUCUCUUUAGCGCGCUGCUUAGGCUUCAUCGAACUCACCUUCGAGCACCCGUCCUUGCGAGAUUGGAUCUGGAACUGCCUAUGGCACCUACGGCACAAGGCCGAAAAUGCCCAAUACGUCUUGCAAUGCUUCCGAGGCGAUCUCACCGAGCAACUCGAGUUGACCUCGCCCGACGAUAGGUUGAUUGACGACGUCAAGAUUAAACUCGACCCCACAGGUUACUCGCGGGCAACCUCUGAGGCGAUGAUGCACGCCCUCUUGGACGCUGAUCAAGGGGUUCCUCGAGUCGAGACGCGUCUCGAGCAUGUCAUCCGAAUCUUCAAUACUUUCGAGAUGGAAGGAGGGGAUGAGAUCCCCCGCCGGAUCGAUUUCUUGAUGAGUGAUACGCUGCAAAACUUAGCAAGUACAAAAACGAGCACGGAUCUCUGUUUACAGCUGUUCUAUGUUGCUCAGGACCUGUUGCGCCUGUGUGAUAUUGGGGACGCCGACUCCUUCCGGUGGUUGACUCUCGCGCACGAAGUCAUUGAUCAUCUGAACAAGAACGACAUUCGAGACGCUGAUGUCCCAUCCCCAAGAUUGUUCAGUCUCGAAAUCGGCAUCGAGAUCGCCGACUGGCUCGACUCCCUGUCCGACAAAGAUACGGGCGAGUUGGCUGCCCGCGUACUCUGGGCAGCGCAAGUCACAGUUAUGCUCGCUCGCCGUUUCGUCAAACUGGGCCCUUUGGAUUGUGUUGCCGCAUGGCAUCCCCGUUUCCCGGAAAUCUACGACCUUGUGCAGCGCGUUCACGGCAAGGCGAUCUCCGUACUACAAGAUACCGCCCCCGCGUGGACAAUGGAUGUCUUCAGCCUAGACGAGUUGACGCUCGUGAGGGCGUCCCUGGAGGCGCGACUUGAGGCGGAGAAGGACGUCGGCGGGCGCCGCAAACGCAAGACGAGCGCGAAGCGGAGGACAUCGCAACGAACAGAUUCGAGUGGCACCAAUACGCAGGCAAAUUGUGGCAACAUCCGCUUGUCGGAUGAACCAUUGGACGGCCAGCAUACUCUAAGAGCUCGGUCGACGUCUCCGCCCUCGGGCCCCGAUCCAGACACGCGCGCCGUACAUUGGAACACUGAGCCUCGCGAAUCGAAGGAGAACAGUGGCAUGGAGGAGGCUGAUAUAUCGCGCUCCUCACGAGGGACCCUCCCUGCCGACGAGCCUCGUCGUCGGUCGCCUGACCGUGGUCGUGACACACGAAGCGAUGAUCGACGCUCGUCGAGCUCGCCAGUGUCAGCCGGCGCGCCGGUAGGCGAAGUGGCUACGCCUCGUCCUGACGUGGUCAUAUGCGGAGACGACGUACUUGCCGAAGCGAUACCAUCGCCGUCACGGGCGACAUUCAAGGAAGACUAG